AUGUCCCACGAGUCGGACCCCGGCCGCCGCCGGCGCUACACGCACGACACCUUCGAUUUCCCCAAGGAAUUUGAGCACCGGGUCGACCCUCAUCGGCGAGGGUCGCUGUGUGACCGGCAUUGUGCUGCCAUUAACAACAAUGGAGACCUUGGGGACAUGCAUUCGGGAUCCCAUCAGCACAGCAUAAUGACCCCCAGGAUACUGCCAGUGAUCUCGACCCCCGCCUGCUGCCAGCACCUCUCUGACGAGGUGCAAAUUUGUGACGGCUGCCUGGUGAAAACCACCAUCACGGCAGAAAACGAGGUGGAAGCCAACAAACUCUCCAACAACUACAAGUUUGGCUUUAAGAAAUGGAAGAGCCACGUGACAGCCAGGCCCUGGGAAGACCGGUCAGAAAUCGUGAAGGAGCUCUACUCUGAUCUGAACGUCGUGAAAAGCCCCAUAGGUUCCACAGUCACAUGUGGGAACAUCCUCUACCUGCUGCUGUUUGGAUGGUGGCUGUCCCUCCUCUAUCUCCUGGUUUCUGCCCUGAUGUUCCUCACAGUACUGGGAGCUCCAUACGGGAAGCUGUGCUGGGACCUCGCUGGGUAUUUUCUCUGGCCAUUUGGAAAAGUGAUUCAGAAGACCAGGACGUACUCUCGAAAGUGCAGCAUCAAGUUCAACAAAUGUGAAGUCAUCUCGGAGGUGAACGAGGCGAAGGAGAGCACCCCUCUGCUCAGCCGCCAUGAGAUGGCGCCCGGCACUCAGCAGGAGCCCGGCAGCCGUGCGGACGCCACACACUGGCGGCGUGUCAACACUUACAUCUGGCUCUUGCUGGGCUACCCGGUCCUCGCUCUUGCCCACGGCCUGGUCUGCUUCAUCGCCUGGCUCUUCGUGUUCAUCAUCCCCGUUGCCAAGAUGAACGCUCGGACCGUCACCAAAGUCCUGCUCCUGGCCCCGGAGCACGUGCACAUCCAGCGGAUGAGGAAGACAGAAGUGCCGCUGGAGGCCGAAGUGGUCCUGUGCUGCUACCGGGCCGUUAAUGCCUAUUACUACAAAUAUGCCGUGGAUGGGAUCAACGUCUUUGCCGUCAACCUGCUGCCGCUCGUGAUCGUGACUCUGGUUCUGGGCUACGUCGACAGCCACAACCGUUUUACCAGCUCUCCUGUGAAGUUCACCCUCUCGCUGCUCUCCAUCAUGCCCCUUUCGUACUACAUCGGCAUGGCCAUCGCCAGUAUUUCAGCUCAGAGUAACUUUGCGGUGGGGGCUGUGGUGAAUGCCUCCUUUGGCUCCAUCAUAGAGCUGACCUUCUACAUCACGGCGCUGACCAAGGGCUCCCGGGAAGGGAACAAGUGUUACGAGGAGAUUGUGAAGUCGGCCUUGACGGGGACCCUGCUGGGCUGUGUCCUCCUCGUGCCGGGCUUGUGCAUGGUGAUUGGAGGCAUCCGCCACCAGGAGCAGAGGUUUAACAGCAGAUCGGCAGGCGUCAGCUCUGCCCUGCUCUUCCUCUCCGUGGGAGGCGUGUUUGCUCCAACUCUGUUCUCCAAAGUCUAUGGGAGACUGGUCUGUGGCGAAUGCCAGAACAUUACCCAGAGUCCAGCAGGACACUACCUCUGCCAGAACUGCCACUUUGACCUGAUGGAGAACAAUGGCACCCUGUACUACAAACACGUCCAGCCCCUGGUGUACACGGUGUCCCUCGUGCUUCCCGCCGCCUACCUCAUCGGCCUCUUCUUCACCCUGAAGACUCACUCGCACAUCUACGACAUUCACAUCAGCGACUGCCACAUGCCUGGUCACCAUCACAGCGCCGUGGUCCACUGGUCCCGCUGCAGGGCCCUGAUCAUUCUCCUGGUCUCCACCCUGUGCAUGUCCGCCUGCGCUGACCUAGCCACAGAGCACAUCAGCCCCAUCCUCACCAACUCCACCGUGUCUCAGUAUUUCAUUGGGGUGACCGUGCUAGCUAUCGUGCCCGAGCUCCCUGAGCUAGUCAAUGGAAUCCAGUUUGCCCUGCAGAACAACCUAAGCUUGAGUAUUGAGAUUGGGAGCUGUAUUGCUGUCCAGGUCUGCAUGCUGCAGAUACCCAUCCUGGUGCUCUUCACAAUCUUCUACCCUACAGGUUUCAUACUGGUCUUCAGUGACCUCCAUGUCUACUCCAGCAUGUUCAGCGUGGUUCUCAUGAACUACAUCUUCAUGGAUGGCAAGUGUGACUACUUCCAAGGUACAGUGCUGGUGAUGGUCUACUUCAUCCUGCUAGCUGUGUAUUUCUUUGCUCCUUCCCCUGCUGGCUGCUGA